AUGACCUUUGGCACCGCACACGGCGAGCGCUACGGCGAGUGUACAAAGGACGAUGCAUUCGGUGUGCUGGACGCCUUCUACAGCAAAGGCGGCAACUUCAUCGACACGGCCAACGCCUACCGCGAAGGCCAAUCCGAAGAAUGGCUAGGCGAGUGGAUGGAAGCACGCCAGAAUCGAGACGACAUCGUGCUUGCCACGAAGUACACGAUUCCGUGGCAGACACACCAUCCCCAGAAACUGCAGUCGAACUAUGGCGGGAAUAAUGUCAAGUCGUUGAAAUUGGCCCUGGAAGGGUCGCUUGCCCGAUUGAAGACUUCUUACAUCGAUCUGUAUUAUGUCCACUUAUGGGAUUACACCACCAGUAUCCCUGAGCUCAUGCACGCGCUCAAUGAUUUGGUCAGCUCGGGGAAGGUCUUGUAUCUGGGCAUUUCCGAUACUCCCGCCUGGGUGGUUUCAAAAGCAAAUGAGUAUGCCAGACAGAAAGGGCUGCGGCAGUUUGUGGUGUAUCAGGGAAUGUGGAACGCGACGAUGCGCGACUUUGAACGAGAUAUCAUCCCCAUGUGCCGCGAUGAGGGCAUGGGUAUCUGUCCUUAUGGGGUUCUAAACCAAGGCCGCUUCCGAACGGAGGAAGGUUUCCAGGAGCGGGAGAAACACAACGAUGGACGAAAGUUCAUUGCUACCUCGCAGCGUGAUAAGGAUGCCUCCCGGGUCCUGGAGAAGAUCGCAAACGAGAAAAACGUUGAUCUGCUUCAUGUCGCCAUCAGCUAUGUCAUGAACAAGGCGCCUUAUGUAUUUCCGAUUGUUGGCGCCAGGAAGGUCUCGCAUAUUGAGGGCAGUAUCGCGGGAAUUGGUGUCAUCCUGAGCGAGGAGGAGAUACUCGAGAUUGAGUCGGUUUACGAGUUCGACUUUGGGUUCCCCCACACCUUCCUCAGUGGUACGCUGUUUGGUCAGUCCAAGUCGAAGGGUGCGGAUCAGCCCGGCGAUUGCUUCUGGAUCAGGCAGAUGGGAAAUUUUGACUGGAUUGAGAAGCCAAAGGCGAUACAGCCAAAGAAUUAG